CAAAUAUUCAAAAAUCACUUCUCUCUUUCUCUCUCCCUCUCUCCGAUUCUCAGCCGUCCAACGCCUACUUUUUCCCUUCUCCUUCCGCCUCAGCAGAUUCCUCGUCUUUCCCCGAUCUCUCCCACUUUCUCUUCUUUCCUUUCCCCAAGCCAAGAAUCUCUUCUCCCCCAGCCCAAUCCCUCCUCCUUCUCUCUCCCUCCACCCCUCUCUCUCUCUAAAAUUCUCCCUCCCCUAUCUUCCUCAAGAGAUUCCCCUCUCUUUCUUUCUUUCCCAAAACUUAGCUUUUCACGAUGCCAUUGUUCUCCUUCACCACCCUCUGUUCUAUUCCCCUUUUAUGCUCCGCACCCUUUCUUCCGCUUCUCUCUCUCUCUCCCUAUUUCUCUCUCCGUCCUUUUCAAAUUUUUCUUCCCUUUUCGCCUCCUCCGCAUUAAGGCAAAACUAUACAUACGCUGCUUCAAUACCAUGUCUUCUUCGGACGUCAACCACCUCUCUCAGCCCUGUAUUUACGGACACUUUCUUUCUUCAGACGGUGAGAGGAAGUCCAGGUUUAUGAAAUGGCUGAGCAAGAUUUUUAAGAGUGGCUCAGACCGUGAAGUUACUGGCAGGCAUUAUCCGCAAUAUAUUGGGGAGGAAAACAUGGUUCGGCGGGCUCCAGCAAGAUCCCUGGAUGAUCGCUCUAGAACAGAAAAGGAGAGAGAAGAAUUAGACCGUGCAAUUGCACUUUCUUUGGCUGAGGAUUUGAAGAGACCACCAGGAUACCGAUGGAGAACAGACAAUAAUGAAGAUCGAAGGGCACUCCAUGAUAGCCUUCAUUCAAACUAUCCUCCCUAUGUGCCUACUGACUAUUAUCGCAGAGAAUAUAGAUUAUGCGGUGGAUGCAAACGUGACCUUGGAUGUGGAAACUAUUUGGGAUGCAUGGGAACUUUUUUCCAUCCAGAGUGCUUCUGCUGUCGUUCUUGUGGUUUCCCCAUCACUGAGCAUGAGUUCUCUUUGUCAGGGAAGGAUGCGUACCAUAAGUCCUGCUUCAAAGAGCUGACUCAUCCCAAAUGUGAAGUUUGUCACCAAUUUAUUCCAACAAAUGGAGCUGGUUUGAUUGAGUAUAGGUGCCACCCUUUUUGGUCUCAAAAAUAUUGUCCUUCACAUGAGGAUGAUAACACGGCCAGGUGCUGUAGUUGUGAACGUUUGGAGUCUUCGAAUGCAAGACAUGUAGCUUUGGGAGAUGGACGGAGUCUAUGUUUAGAGUGCAUGGAAUCUGCUAUCAUGGAUACUGGUGAUUGCCAACCUCUUUACCACGCCAUCCGUGACUACUAUGAAGGAAUGUACAUGAAACUUGACCAGCAAAUUCCCAUGCUUCUAGUCGAAAGACAAGCUCUUAAUGAAGCGAUUGUAGGCGAGAAAAAUGGCUUCCAUCACAUGCCUGAAACAAGGGGUUUGUGCUUGUCUGAAGAGCAGACAGUUACCAGCAUACUUAAAAGACCAAAAGUAGGGGGCCCAGGCCACCGACUCAUAGGAAUGAGAACACAACCUCAAAAGCUGACUCGAAAAUGUGAAGUCACAGCAAUUCUCGUUCUAUAUGGCCUCCCAAGAUUACUAACAGGUGCAAUUCUUGCUCACGAGUUAAUGCAUGGGUGGUUACGUCUUAAAGGCUACCGCAAUCUCAAUCCUGAGGUAGAGGAGGGUAUCUGUCAAGUGCUUUCAUACAUGUGGCUUGAGUCAGAGGUUAUGCCCGGAUUAAAAAAUAUGCCAUCGUCGUCUGCAGCUUCAUCAUCGUCCUCAGUGUCAUCAUCUAAGAAAGGCGGAAAGUCUGGUGUUGAGAAUAAACUGGGAGAAUUUUUCAUGCACCAGAUUGCCCAUGAUGCUUCUCCAGCCUACGGUGGGGGAUUUAGGGCUGCUAAUGCAGCAGUCCAUAGGUAUGGUUUACGCAGUACCCUGGACCACAUUCGCCUAACCGGAAGUUUUCCUCUGUAAUCCUAUUUAUAAAGUUCUACUUUUAAUUAUGCUUGGAGAUGAUUGUGUGGCUCCUCAGAAGGAUUGAGUUGAUCAUAAAAGCUUGGAUUAGCUCCCCUUUGUUUUUGUUGGGCCUUUUGAGGAUACAUGGAAAAAUGGCUUCAAAUGUAAUAAUGAAAAGCUUAUCACCAUUCUACGAAAAUGCAAGUGGUUUCUUGUGCACA